AAUCGCGCCCUUUCAACUGAAUCGUAAUACUUAAUACCAAGAUGUGCGGUUUCUAUUGCGCUAAGUAAGACCCGCUUUGCUGUGUAUUAGAGACUGCUGCGGCUUUUUCGCUUUCCCACUACUCCAUUGAGAGGUGCUUCGUGAUAGUGAGCUGCAUCUCCGCUCGUCCUAGCAUUCAUUCGCGUUUCGCAUUCUCUGCAGUUAUCACUGCACGCUAUUUUUGCCAAGACGAGAACUUAAUUUUGGAGAAUGUACUCGCGAAUACUGAGAGGGCACAAUGUCAAUGCAAUAUGCAGUGUUUCAAGUGCAGUCCGCUUUCGAUCCCAUAUUAGCGUGGCACCUGACGAAGCCCUAGAAGAUAUCAUCACAAGCAGUAGCACUGUUAGACCAUAUUCUGAAGUUCCUGGACCCCGUCCGUUGCCAUUAAUCGGCAACACAUGGCGCGUUCUUCCGUACAUUGGACAAUACUCAGUCUCUGAUUUGGCAAGGGUGUCCAGAAUAUUCUACGAGAAAUACGGCAAAGUCGUCAAGCUGAGCGGACUGGUCGGUCGGCCCGACUUGCUCUUUGUGUUUGACUGCGACGAGAUCGAAAAGGUGUACCGACAAGAGGGCCCAACGCCUUUCCGACCGUCGAUGCCGUGCUUGGUUGAGUACAAGAGCAAAGUGCGCAGAGAUUUUUUCGGUGACUUGCCUGGCGUGGUCGGAGUUCAUGGUGAACCGUGGCGGGAAUUCAGGACGAAAGUCCAGAAGCCGAUUUUGCAGCCAAAGAUAGUAAAGCAGUACAUAAAACCUAUUGAAGACGUGACGAAUGAUUUUAUAGACAGAAUGCUGGCCCUGAGAGACGAAAAUCUGGAGCUUCCUGAGGACUUUGACAAUGAGAUUCACAAGUGGUCCCUUGAAUGCAUUGGCCGGGUUGCCCUCGACGUGCGACUCGGUUGUCUAGACGCUGCUUCUGGCGAAAAUUCCGAGCCGCAGAAAAUCAUCGACGCGGCAAAGUUUGCCUUGCGGAACGUGGCCGUUCUGGAGCUGAAAAUGCCGUUCUGGAGGUAUCUUCCCUCCGCGCUGUGGACCAAAUACGUUAAAAAUAUGGACUUCUUCAGAGAAGUUUGCAUGAAAUACAUUGACGAGGCUAUGAAGCGACUGCAGACAAAGGACCCUGAAAGCCCGAGCAGCGAACUGUCACUAGUUGAGAGAAUCCUGGCAAACGAGCCCGACCCAAAGACGGCCUACAUUUUGGCACUGGACCUCAUUCUCGUCGGGAUCGACACGAUUUCCAUGGCCGUUGCCUCGAUCCUCUACCAAGUCGCUACGCGCCCUGAUGUGCAGGAAAAGCUGUUCGAAGAGGUCAAAAGGGCGCUGCCCGACAAAAGUGCAUCGCUCACGGCUCAAGACUUGGAGAACUUGCCGUACCAGCGGGCGUUUGUUAAAGAGGUGUUCAGAAAGUACUCGACAGUUAUUGGCAAUGGCAGAACUUUGAUGAAUGACAUGGUCAUCGGUGGCUACCACAUUCCAAAAGGGGUGCAACUGGUGUUCCCUACAAUCGUGACCGGCAAUAUGGAAGAGUAUGUGAGCGAUGCAUCGUCAUUCCGUCCUGAGAGGUGGAUGAAGCAGCAUCAGCAGCAGCAGUGCCCCAUGCACAAGGACAAAGUUCACCCCUUCGCCUCGCUGCCUUUUGGAUAUGGGGCGAGAAUGUGUUUGGGGAGAAGAUUUGCAGAUCUAGAGAUCCAAGUUUUGCUAGCAAAGCUGAUCCGUAACUACAAAUUGGAGUUCAACCAUGACCCACUGGAUUACCAAGUAACUUUCAUGUACGCACCGGAUGGGAAACUCCGAUUUAAGAUGACUCCAAGAGAUUAACAGUAAAUUUUGUAACCAUCACGAGAUGUUUGUUAGUUUCCAAACGUGUAAAUAUGUUGAUAUGAAUCAAACAGUUGAAAAAUGAAUACAUUUUAGUAAAUUUUAGGUUGUAAGCUAAAAUAAAAU